AUGAUCUCGCCAAAUAACAGUAUUAACAGGUUUAACUUUCGAAGUCCGAGGAGGAGUAAGUGUUUAUAUUGUCUGUAACAUCGAAAAACUGAGGUUCCAGGCGGUUUUGUGGCGUUAAUUUGUUUGUAAACAUGACAAUUUUGCUUUGAUCUAAUAUGAAUUUUAAAAAUAGUAUUCUUAUCAGUACUGUUUUCAAGACAUUAGUUCAGUCAUUUAAAGUUAUUUUUACAAAAAAUUUGAAGUUUUAUCUUUGGUAUAAAUUAAUGUUCAGGUCCGUAUGACCACAGAUACAACUCCUAUGACAGCACUGGACUUGUGGGACGUUUGAGUCCUUUAGAUGGACGUGUUCAGAUGCCAGAAAUGUUGUCUCCAAGACUGGAUUAUGGACUAACUCAAUAUUAUGAUUCAAAUGAAGCUCCUAUUCAACUCACGUUCUCGUCACCACAGAAGCCGGUUCAAAAGUUCCAAAUUCAGCCUUGGUUUGAAAGUUAUGUAAGUUUUUUUCUUUUUUGUUCUUGUUUUAGUCUUAUGAGCGUAAAUCGCAGAUAAACGAGGAUAACGCGAGUUAUUAUGGCAAAUUUAAGUUAUUCUUGGGUUAAAGCUGCUAAAUUUUAGCUUAAUGGUCGAUUUCGAUGGGCUUCGAUAGCCAGUGCACUUACUUCGAUCCCAAUUUUCUUUCUUGUUGUUUUGUGCGUUCAAUCAAGCUUGUUUUCACCGUUUUCAUCGCUUUACAGUAAGUUAUUCAUUAAAUAUGUUAACGUUUUUAGAGAAAACAAAGCACAAUGCUUGUAAUUGAAUAAUUCUCAUUAUUUUAUGUUUUUUUGGCUUUUGAAUAAGAUAGUAAAAUGAUUUUAGAUGCCUUUAUGGUAAUGUUUCAAUUGCAAUUCGGAGGCGCAGCGAUAUUAACCUUUCUGUUGGUAUUUGUAUUCUCAAGUAUCAUGUGCAAGUAUUGUUUUGGAAGUAAGUCUUUUAAUAUUUUACUUUUUUUGUAUAUGCUUUAAAGUUCUUAAUGAAAGUUUUUAUGUAUGUUAUACGUUGGACUGAAUGAGAGCAAUGUUUUUAGUGUUGUACGAGCAAAACUAUGAUGUGACAAAGGAAGUUCCACUCAUAGCUGCAGUAGCUAUUACUGUAACCAGUAUUUUCUUCUGGAUGUUUGUUAGCUAUGGUUCUAUGGAUGAUGCUGCAUUAAAGGCUAGUGGGUAAGGAAUAGUAUUAUGCUAUUAUACGUACCUUUUGCUUUAAGUCGUUUGGUUUUUUAUUGUUGGUACUGGUUAGCUAUUAGGUAUUUAAUUGAUUAAAGAUAAGUUUGACACCAUUUUAAAGAUUGAAAAGAUGGUUUGAGUUUUUGUUUGAUGAAAUGGCGUUUUCAGGACGAUAUACUUGUUCUUCUGGACGUUGGUCUUGUUUUCGGCUUUCAACACAGCUUUUGCUUCAAAUUUCAGAUGGGAAUUUGUUCAGGUAAGGCAUUCUGUAUCUGUUUUAAACUUAAAUUAUAUAUUUUUAAUUGUUGAAAAUAACUUUGGGUUGCUUUUUUUUAGUUUUUAUAUAGAUACGGUUUUAUUUUUUAUACUGGUACACAGGGACGUCGUUUGGGGGGCGGCCCGCCCCUCCCCCAGAGCCGAUCCGAAAAAAAUUCUACAGGUAAGGUACCUGUACGCGGAAAAACGAAAAAAAAAUUUCGACCCCCCCCCCACCCCAGAGAAAAACCGUAGCGACGUCCCUGCUGGUAUAGUAGUCAGAUGUUAUCUAUGACAUUUAAAAAAUAUACUUCCAGGAAACCCCACUAAAAUACUUGAAUGCCAUUCUUGUUGAUCUGUUAAGUUGUACAGCUAUUGACACUCUUAGAAACACCCUCAGGGCUCUGGUUGUGUCGUCAGUGAUCAGUUUGUUGUUCUCCUCAACUCGAGCCAACUUUUUCGACUUUUUGAUCAGACCAGGACUAAUGUUUAAUCAUAUUGUGAUUGUAUUUGGAAUCAUUGUCAACGUGCGAAUUGCAUUUGAACUUUUAAAUGCGAUUGUUAUGCAACCUCUGGAUCUUCCAAUGCCUACUACAACAUCGUUCAUCAGUGAUGAAUCGGCAAAGGCCAGCAAAAACGCAUUGAAUGCUAUUGUUUCGGAGAAUUUAAUGCUUAAGGUGAGUUAGUUUCUAAUGUUGCAGUAUCUUGUAUGUGGAAACUGAAGAUUUUUUUAAAUUUUUGGAUUUCAUUUAAAGAGUUUUUAGUUUUUAUUGUUAUUCAAGGAAAGUGUUUGCCAUUUUUCCUCUUUAAAGUACAAUUUUGUGGUAAAUAAACCUAAUUUUUUAGUUAUUUGGCUUCCAAUCUUUGUACGACUUGGUAUCACGCUCAGAAGUCGGCCGUAACCUGGUAUACUCGAUCAGUCAGCCGGCGGGAAAGCCUCGUAACUGGUACGCUGUCAGAGACUCAUGUAUGGAAUCCAUCGACUACAUUCACGGAUUAUUGGCCGCGAAAGUUGGACAAGUUGAAACUCAGCCAGGAUUCGAGAAACAAAAGAAAUUGGCCGAACUUGGGCCAAGUGUAAGAUCAGCUCUAACUCCGACUGUUCGACCAAUGGCCGCUCGAGUUUUUUCUGGAACAGUGACGGAUUUGGGGGAGGAAAAGAAGCUAGCGUUUAGUACACCGUCAAAGGCCAAACUUUUGUUGCCACCAAACUUGAAUCCAAGACAUUACGGUAGGUUUGGGUAAAUUUUGAAAUUUUCGAAUUUUUAAACGGAUUUAAAUUUUUUUUACUUUUGAUUUUUAAAAGAACUUUAAAAGCCAUUUUUUAUAAAACCGCCUUGUGAUUUGCUAUCAAAUCCCAAUACGGUAAAAAUCUAAAAGGAUUCAAAAAUGCCACUUUUCACUAGAUACGGUAGUCGAAACCGGUAAUUGAUUAUAAGAAACGUCUGAUAGAUGCGUACUUAAUCUUGAAAAAAGGAUAAUAUGGAAAACACGAACAAAAUUGAAAGUAAUUGAAGAUUAAAGCGAUCAAGUUUCAAGAUUCUUGAAAGUCUCGGCUUUUAAAGACGAAAUUAAUGGGCAUGCGUCAGGGCAUGAGUUAUUACUACAGUAAAAAAUGUUUUAGAAAGUCAUUUUUUAUAUUAAUAGGUCAUUUCUCAUAGUAUAAUAUAGUAGGUUUAAGAUUUACCAAGUACUAGUGGAAUGAUGGUUAUUAUUGAGUGACAUAGGAUGAUAAGAAGCUGUGAGUGAUUCUUUACGAUAAACUAGUAUGUCACUCAAGGGACCAGUUCAAACUUAUCGUUCUAAAUAGGGUGUCCUACCCAGGUACUUUUUGAUAGGGGUUUAACUUCAAAAAGUACCUAUUGCAAAUGGCAAUCAAGAAGCUGUUGUUAUAAAGAGGGCACCACACUACACACUAUUGAGGGUCACACUUAAAGAUACACACACUGCGUGUUUUAACAUUUUGCUUUUAAAAAAGCAAAAUGCAAGAUGUUGAAAUAUUUUCUGUAACAAUAAUGCUCAUUUAAUAUCUUAGUAUUAGGUUGUUCACUUAAUUCUGCGCUCCCUUGCAAUGCAAAUUUGUGGAGUAAGGGGGCGCGUGAACAACCUAACAGAAAUCCAUGAUGACAAUAAAUAAAAGAUAAUGUAAAGGAAUUACGUUUUACAAGAGUUAAAAAGGAAAAACAAAUUAGAUGAUAAUUGGAAAAAUAAUAACAGCUAAAGAACUAUCAAUACGGUAUACUUUACUCAAUUACAAAUAUUUUGUAAAUACAAGAAAUUAAAAAAAUUAGCAUUAAAAGUAUUUUAAAAGUGUCACAAAACAAAAAAAUUUUGUAACAGGAUACCGAAGACUAAUUAUAGCUAAAACAAGGCGACUGGCAAGCGUCGUGUUGCUUAAAUUAUUCUCUGAAAGGUCGUCUGGCAUUUUUCACGUAGCUUUCGUGAUUGAACGCUGUUUUGGAAUGGACACUUGCAAUCACACCUAUUUGUCACGUUUACGUCUAACCUUUUUUCAACAGUAACUUUUUUAAUAAUAAACUGUAGAUUAGGAUUGCUAGGGUCUACUCUUAAAUAAUAUUGAAUCACCAAAGUUAUGUGAAGAAGCCAGAAGACCUUUUGUGGGUCAUUAAUUUUAGUAGUAACACGGCUAGCUAGCUGUCAUUAUUGCUAUAAUUGGUUACACGGUAUCUUGCUGCAAAAUAUUUUUAUUUUUUUGAUACUACAAUACAACCUGUAUAACGAACUCCUGUUCGAGCGAUUUGUUAUCCUUGAUUUCUACUGUAUUAAUGGACGGUACAUUUGCACUAAUUUUUUAAAAGUUCUUGAACUGAUUGAUCUGUAAACUUAAUAUAAUUUGGUUACGUUAAUAUUAGGUUGUUUAAAUAUUUAUGUGCUUUCCAAUCCUGCUUUGUCGGGAGUCAGAAUUAUAUGAAUAACUUAACAUUGUUAAGAAUGUUACAAACGCAGUACAGUGUCUAUCGUUUUGUCUUUUGUAAUACGCACAAAUGGAAUUCAAAUUAUUUUAAAACUUUUCUUUAAAUUUUCUUAAAUGUGUUUUUUCAAUAUAUGUUUAAUUUUUAUUUUCAGAAGCUAAAAAACAGAAGGCGAAGGUAUUCGAUUUCUCAUUGAACAGCUUCCCUCUUCUGAACAAGUAUCUGACAUGGUUCAAAGACAACUUCCUAAAGCCUUCGCCUGCCAUUCCAACCUAUCAUCUGAUUGAAGCCGAGUAUGCUCUGAACAGUUUGUCCAUUUUGUUGGCCAACUCGUUGAAGGAAGAUCAAUAUGGAAUUGUGCAGAAAGACUUGUCAACUCUGUUUAGGGCGUUUUUGCAAUUGGAGCUGGCUAUUGAUCUGUACAUUCGAUCUACUAGCGUAAGUUUGUUAUAAUGCUUAGGUCUUUGACGUUAUUAACUACGUCGUUACCAAUGUGUUAUGGUUUGUAACUGAGAAGGUUUAGGCUUGUUAUGUCGGUUUUUAAUACGUUAUGUUAUACUUUUAAGAACUUAUGUUGUAUUAUUAGGUGUUCAAUUAAUUCUGGGCUCUUCUCAACUUAAAUUUUUGCUGUUAGAGGGCACAGAAUUUUUUGAACAAUCUAAUGAAAGACAAUUUUUUUUUAAACUUAUGUUUUAUUAAAAUGACAAUUUCAUUUCAGAAUCGAAAAGAAGAUGUCAUGGUAAGACCAAACUUGUCCAGAUUGGAAGACGUGCUGAUGGAAUCCGUCAAACGAGUAUAUCUUACCUUUGGUGAACACAUUGACAGUCUCGAAUUGACUCCAUCCGAAAAACCGGUACUAGAAAUGAUGGCUCAAAACUUUAUGAACGCCGAUGAUUAA